AUGGGUGGUUCGGGGUUGCAGCUGGUCACUUCCUCUUGCAUACGCAGCCAUAACCCCCCGCCGGGUCGUUCCAACAGCCAAGGUUGGGGCACAUUGGCUGUCACCAGCGGCUUUGCGCGAAGACUUUGAUAGAGAUCAGGUCCGCUUCAAAAACGGAGUGUUCGCACAAUGGAGGUAGGCGCCUCCCAUGGGCAACCGCACCUACCUUCACAAGUCCCACUAGCAACAGCCUACAAACUCAUGGAACCAGUGGCACCAACAACACAAUGACAACUUCCCAGCCCACUUGCGCCAACUGGGCGCCAGACAUCACCAAGUGCAGCAAUAUUGGCAGGUUCGCUUGCAAGAACUGCCUCCUCGUCACGUACUGUGGCCCCGAGUGUCAGAAGUCUCACUGGACUAUCCACAAGCUCGACUGCAAAUCUCGUCUUGGAAAGGAGAAUUGGCAGCCCGACUGGGUCUUGGAGAGCAGAGCCCCGGACUUCGUCGGAGAUGGCCCCCCCCAACUGGCCUACGGAGGCGGGAAGUACCUUUGGGGCAACGUUCCAGCUUUCGACAUCCUCCAUCUCUGUGCAAACGAAGGCAUCGCAUACGACGAGAAGCUGCCCCUCUUGUGUGCUGCCUCCGGAGACCUUCGAAACAUCGUCAAGACUAUCGCCCAGCUCCCUGAUAGCUACACUCAGCCCAUCGAGGUGACUUUGAACGACCGCGAUUUGGAUAUUGUCGCCCGCAAUGUCAUCAUGAUUCUCAUUGCCCUCGUGGUGGAUGACGCUGACGUCGCAGCCGAUUGCAUCAUUCACGUCUGGUACUCUGCUCUACUCCGCAAAUCCGACCUCGAUAUCAUCCGGUAUCGCAUCCGACCAAUCCUCGAGGACGUCUGUCACAAGCUACAGGGAAAGGGCGCCAAGAACUUCCACGCAAAGACGUGGACGUUCGGUCAGCGGUCUCUAAGACUCGUGCUGGAAAAGUCUGCGUGGGACGCCCUCUUAACUUUCACCGACGCCCCCAGGGGUCUGACGGCUGAUCGGGCGAAUGAGAUUCGCAAAGCCGUCACCCUCACUGAUAGCAGGAAGGACUAUCGUGACCGUCAUCUUCUGUUCCAGUCCCCAUCUCAUCGAAUUGCCCUUACACGCUUCCGCGAGGACGGACUCCUGCUUCCAUUUGGAGCUCCGCGGGAUGCCUUUCGGCACCCCAACCCAACCAUUUACCAAAAAGCGAAUUGGCCCAUGCACGAUAAUGCCGACCCUCUCAACGGAUGGUCUGCGAAGGAAGUUCAAGAGACUUCGACCGGACCUGCAACCGCAGACAUCUACGGCAAGCUCUUCAUCAGCCUUCGUACAGUGCUUCGGGCCUUUCUCUGUCGCCUUUUAACUUCGCAGAUCUCAUUUAAUCUGUUCCAAAUGGAUGCAUCUGCUCUUCCCAAGUUCCUAGAGAACAGCCACUUCAGCCGAAUUGAGGUUUCUAACAUCUCGGACGCUGGAUAUCUCGGGAUCCAUCAUACGCUCAACCUGAUGGUUCCUCUCCUUCAGAGCCCUCUCGUCAACCACCACGCGACGCUGAUCACACUGUUCAUGAAUGCUGUGGAUGAGAAUGCCACCGAAAUGGAAAUGCUCGCAGACAUGAAGGCGGGAGGCCUGGUAUCGAAGCGCGUCUACAAGUACCUCUCGCUUACAGGUGAAUCACUCACUCACUACGAUACCACGAUCUACAAGAUCAUGGCCGCUCGGGAUUGCGUCGCGACCCAUGACCACAUUUUUGACCGGUAUGCUGCGAAACUCAUGUUCUCGCAGAUUGCUCGGCUGGCCGGGGCCGCGAUGAAAAGUAGCCAUACGGUGAUCGAGAAGUGGCCGUUCAGAUUGAAGCUGCGGCCCGGACAGAGCGGUGCUCAGGGAGAGUUUGACCGUCUUCUGGGAGGAGGAGUUUCAAGUAAGGAGCGUUACGUAGAGUGGAAGAGAGUUUGUUUGUUGGAUGAUUGAUCGGCCUCUAGUGGCUGGUAAAAAGGAGCGACUUCUUGCUCCGGGCUCAUGUCCAAUCGUAUUUCUAACAUAACAAAACGGCUCUGUGAUGGAUGAAAUUGGAAAAUCAAAGGACGUUGUCCUGGCCGUC